AUGCGCUACGACACGACGCAGUCUUCCCGGAGCACUGCAACCCUGGCUCGAAUCGAGCGAUCAUUCACCGACGAAGAGAGAGCACUUGGCGUGCUUUGGAUCUUCGCGGAGGCAGCUGCACGCAAGCAGCAGCGAGCUGCUUUACGAGUGUGGAUGGAUCUGUCCGCCGACGACUCUCCGCCCGCCGUCUCCGCCACAACGGCACCGCUGGCUGCGGCCGCCGCAGCAAUUCCCGCUGGACCAUCGGGAUCAAUUUCCCAAAAUCCCAUCAUGGGACUCCAAAUCUGCGACAGGUUUGGAAAAGUUUGCGAGAUUCUCACAAUUCUCGACGAAUUCAAGGGAUUCUCAGCCGAAAAUCCUCACAAUUCGAUCAAAAACCUUCAAAACACCUGCCAAGACCUCAAGAUCAAGCUCGAAUUCGUCCUGGAGUACAUCAGAUCGAUCCUCAUGCCCAAUGGAAGGAUCAAUGCUCUUCUUUUGACACYAUACCGCCUCAAAACGGCUGGUAUUCGGAGCCUGUUAUGGAAGAAAACGAUGUGGGAGAUGGAAAGCCUGAUGCAGAAAGACGACUUCUCGACGAAUUACUUGGGUCAGGCAUAUGAUGCCAUGACUGCGAUUGACAGUCUGAUGCCCGCAGGCUUGUAA